UAAGUGCUCAUCCUCUCUUAGAUUGUUUUGGCAAGAAAAAAAAAUGAUGGGUAGUAUAGCACAAAGAUGGAGAGAACUAAGUGGGGAGAAUAACUGGGAGGGUUUAUUGGAACCUCUUGAUGGUGAUCUCCGCAAGUUAAUCAUUCACUAUGGUGAAAGAACUCAAGCUGUUAUAGAUGCCUUUAAUGGCGAGAAGGCAUCGAAAUCGGUUGGAUUUAGCAGAUGGUCGAUGGAGGAUUUAUUCUCCAAAGUGGGGUUAGAGAUAGGCAAUCCAUACAAGUACAAGAUAACCAAAUUUUUUUAUGCAAGGUCAGAAAUCCAAAUUCUUGAUUGGUUUUCCGCUGGAGAAUCCAAUUGGAUGGGGUAUGUGGCAGUGACGACUGACGAAGGAAAGGCUAUCUUGGGAAGGAGGGACAUUUUGAUAUCUUGGAGAGGAACCAUGCGAACCUCGGAAAUAAUUAAUGAUCUACAGGCUGAUUUAGUCUCAGCUUCCGAUAUACUUGGAGAACAUGGAGAUCCAAAGGUGCACCAUGGUUGGCAUUCUAUAUACACUGCGACAGACUCAAAAUCCAUAUGGAAUCAAACCAGUGGGAGAGAGCAGGUUCUAAGUGAGGUGAGGAAACUGGUGGAUUUGUACAAACAUGAAGAAAUCAGCAUAACUGUGACAGGCCAUAGCUUAGGCGGCGCAGUGGCCACGCUCAAUGCCGUCGACAUUGUUGCCAAUGGAUAUAACAAGCCAACGACCGAACCAAACAAGGCUAUCUUGGUCACAGCCUUUGUUUUUGCCUGCCCUCGCGUUGGGGACUCAGGCUUCAAGAAAGUCUUAUCAGGACUGAAAAAUCUUCAUAUCUUGCGCAUAAAAAAUGACAUAGACAUCGUUCCUUCACUGCCAUUUCCAUUACCACUACUAGAAUAUACCCAUGUCGGGGAGGAAUUGCUGAUCGAUAUUCGCAAAUCGCCAUACAUUAAAAGUAACUUGGAUUUGAGUAAGAAAUUGACGAUUGCUCAUGAGUUGGAGCCAUACCUGCAUGGAGUCGCAGGAACAAAAGGGGCCAAGGGAGAAUUUAAGUUAGAGGUUAAUCGAGAUAUAUCGCUUGUAAACAAAUACUUGGAUGCACUGAAAGACGAAUAUAAAAUUCCAACUGAAUGGUGGAUGGAGAUGAAUAAAGGUAUGGCUCAGCAGGAAGAUGGUUCCUGGAUAUUGGAUGAUCAUGUACUAAUUCCUCCGAUUCUUUGAAUUAAUCUAUCUUUAGAAUCGUG